AUGAAAUUCUCAAUUCAAAUUUUGUUGUUCGCUUUGAUCGCCCUCAUCGCCGUCUCCACUGUGACCGCGUCGCCACUUUUCCAGAGCUCUGGUCAAGGCAUCGUUGAGUCUGAAUUCGGACCUGCUGACUUGGAAGCACUUGAAGAAUCAAUGGCUCCGAUGGAGAAGCGAGCGCAAACGUUCGUGCGUUUCGGUAAACGCGCCCAACCAUUCGUUCGAUUCGGCAAACGAGCGCAAACUUUUGUGCGUUUCGGCAGAAAG